AUGCUGACUUUAGGAAUUUUUUGUUUUUUCUUUUUAUUGUGCCCUGCACACACACAGUUCCCGCGAGCAUGCGUCACCCCCGAGGUCCUCCGAUCUAAAGAGUGCUGUCCGGUGUGGGAACAGGAUGGGUCGGUCUGUGGAGCCCGCUCUGGCAGGGGCUUUUGUCAAGAUGUAGUCAUUUCUGACCUCCCCAACGGACCGCAGUACCCUUUUACUGGGAUGGACGACAGAGAGAGGUGGCCCUCGGUGUUCUAUAAUCGCACCUGUCAGUGUACAGGUAACUACAUGGGCUUCAAUUGCGGAGAUUGCAAAUUCGGUUUUUUUGGCAUCAACUGCGCAGAGAGAAGGGAAUCAAUAAGACGGAACAUUUUUCACUUGUCAAUCCCCGAAAGACAAAAGUUAAUAUCUUACUUGAACUUGGCCAAAAACACCAUUAGCCAAGAUUAUGUGAUAGUGACCGGCACGUACGAAGAAAUGAACAGUGGAACAAAUCCAUUGUUUUCGGACGUUAGCGUCUACGAUCUGUUUGUUUGGAUGCACUAUUACGUGUCAAGAGACGCUUUGCUGGGGGGAUCAAACGUUUGGACGGAUGUUGAUUUUGGUCACUGGGCUCCGGCCUUUUUGCCCUGGCACCGCGUGUACCUGCUGUCCUGGGAGCACGAGAUCCGCAAAGUGACAGGAGACUUUAACUUCACUAUCCCGUACUGGGACUGGCGAGACGCGCAGGACUGCGAGGUGUGCACGGACGAGUUCAUGGGCGGUCGGAGCUCACUGAACCCGAACAUUCUAAGCCCUGCUUCGGUCUUCUCGUCCUGGAAGGUGAUUUGCUCCCAAGCAGGGGAGUACAACAGCAGGGGGGUGUUGUGCAACGGCACAGGGGAAGGGCCCCUGUUGCGAAACCCUGGCAACCACAACCGGAACUUGGUGAGCCAACUGCCCACCUCGGCUGAUGUGGAGUUCACGCUCAGCCUGCCACAGUACGACACCGGGCCCAUGGACAGGAGCGCCAACAUGAGCUUCAGGAACACCCUGGAGGGCUCUGGCAGUCCUCAAACUGGACUAGGCAACAAUGCCCAAGUUGGGAUGCAUGCUUCUCUCCAUGUGUUUAUGAACGGUUCCAUGUCAUCAGUCCAAGGAUCUGCCAAUGAUCCCAUUUUCAUCCUGCACCAUGCCUUUGUCGACAGCAUCUAUGAGCAGUGGUUGCGAAGACAUCAGCCCCCCAGGAGCCAGUACCCCAGAGCCAACGCUCCCAUUGGACACAAUGAUGGCUACUUCAUGGUCCCCUUCAUUCCCCUCCACAGGAAUGGAGACUACUUCACAUCCAGCAAAGCCCUGGGUUAUGAGUAUGCUUACCUGUUAGACCCAGGCCAGCGCUUUGUGGAGGAAAUUCUGAGCCCGUACCUUGAGCAGGCCCAACGGAUCUGGCUGUGGCUCCUGGGAGCCGGGCUCCUGGGGGCCCUGGUGUCGUGUCUCAUCGUGGCAGCAACGACCCUGAUCUGUCACAAACAACUGCAGAGGAAAAAGAGGAGGAAAGCUUCAUUGUACAGAGAGGAACGACCCUUACUUAACAACAGCCAAGAGGAGGGCUCCACUAUGUCGUAUCAGAGCAGUCUGUGA